AAGAAUUUGUGUGAUUGAUCAUAAUAUUACACUAAGAACACCACGUAUUUAACUUUGGGAUGUACAAACAUGCUGUAAUAAAUGCUUUGUCCCACCCCUUGUAACUCUAAUAAGAAAUGCAUUUUGUUAUUAUACCACACUACUGACUUGAUUUUUAUGUUGUGCUGUGUGCUUGUGUGUGUGUGUGUGUGUGUGUGUGUGUGUCUGUCAGAGAGAGAAACUCUUUAUGUUGUAGGUUGCAUAAUCUGCCCUUUGUUUCCUAGACAACAGCCCUGCAUUCAGCCCUGCAUUUCCCCACGCACCUUCAGCGAAAUGCAGUUGCACUAUAAAAAUUGCUUCGCCAGAUCUAUUACCUCCUGCGCACCCUGUCCCCUCCCCUCACUUUUUCUACUGCUCCAUCUCCCCUCCCUUUCUGUCCCUUGCUGCAUCCCUAGCUCAAAAAGAAGAGCACCUCGACAUCACCUAAGUCACCUUCUCUUUUCCAGCUUGCACUUCUUUCUCAUUCUCCAUCUUCUUGUCUACCAUCUGAGCAAAUCUAGCUCUGUGAUGGAUAACACCAUGUCAGCCUAUUCUGAAAAGCUGAAGGAGAUGUCAAUGCUGUCUCUCAUCUGCUCCUGCCUAUAUUCUAAGCCUCAUCAUCAAACCGUCAGCCGCUUUGACGGUAUGUGGUGCUACUCUUGAUUUAUAACUUUGCUGUGGAUACCUAAUGAUAUAUCAGCUAAACUAAAUCAAUUAGGACAUGUUCUCCUACAAUAUCAGUGUGCUACCAGAGAAAAGUAAAAAAAAUAAAUAAAUAAAAACAUGCUGCCAUAUAAAGAACUGUACAAUGUAAAAUCGAAAGCAUAACACCGAGUAACAUCGCUUUGUUGGUUUCUUUCUGUAGAUAUGGAGGUAAAGUCCCUGAAUAAGCGAACAUCUGGCCAGGCUUUUGAGAUCAUCCUGAAUAGUCCCACUGAUCUGUCACCAGACAGGCCUCAGAGCCUGUAUCUGGCAGCCCACAGGAAGGAGCCCUCACUGGAAAACCUGCAGAAAAAACUGGAUGCGGCUGAGGAAAGAAGAAGAAGCCUGGAGAAGCAGAUUUUGAAGCAGCUGUCAGAGAAGCGAGAGCAUGAGAGGGAGGUUCUCAAUAAGGCCCAUGAGGUUAAUAACAACCACAGCAGAUUGACAGAGGAGAAGCUCAAUCACAAACUGGAAGUGAGCAGUGAGAAUCGCACGGCCCAACUCAGUGCUCUAAAGCAGCGCCUGAGAGAAAAAGAGCUACAUGCUACAGAGGUACGCAGGAAUAAGGAGAUGCAGUCUGGACUCUCUGGCUAAGGCAGACACUACAUCUUUCUAAGGCCUACCAACCUUCGGUUUGGGGGGAAAAAACAUCUAAUGGUUAUUCUAAAUGCCUGAACUUCAUAAAAAAAUCAACUUGCUUCACAUUUACAGUGCACUUUCUAAAAUACUCAUGCACAUACUGGUGAUGAAUGAAAAUGUAUGGAUAAUCCCCUGUAGUUUUUUUUUUCAGUCUCUUAAAGCAAUAUGACACUUAAUUGAAUGCUAAUGACAAUAAAAUGAUUAAAGUGAAGCAAAAUGACUUCGUAGAAAAUGUUAUUUGUGACUCUCAUUUGAAAGACUCUAUUUGUCAUACUAGCAAAAUAAUUUAACGUAGUCUAAGAUCUUUUG